AUGCAGGGCAAGAAGCCGGGUGGCUCGUCGGGCGGCGGCCGGAGCGGCGAGCUGCAGGGCGACGAGGCGCAGCGGAACAAGAAGAAGAAAAAGAAGGCGUCGUGCUUCUCCAACAUCAAGAUCUUCCUGGUGUCCGAGUGCGCCCUGAUGCUGGCGCAGGGCACGGUGGGCGCCUACCUGGUGAGCGUGCUGACCACCCUGGAGCGCAGGUUCAACCUGCAGAGCGCCGACGUGGGCGUGAUCGCCAGCAGCUUCGAGAUCGGCAACCUGGCGCUCAUCCUGUUCGUGAGCUACUUCGGCGCGCGGGGGCACCGGCCGCGCCUCAUCGGCUGCGGGGGCAUCGUCAUGGCGCUGGGCGCGCUGCUGUCCGCGCUGCCCGAGUUCCUCACGCACCAGUACAAGUACGAGGCGGGCGAGAUCCGCCGCGGCGCCGACAGCCGCGACACGUGCACCGCCAACGGCUCGGGCGAGCGCGGGCCGGACCCCGACCUGGUGUGCCGCACGCGCUCGGCCACCAACAUGAUGUACCUGCUGCUCAUCGGCGCGCAGGUGCUGCUGGGCAUCGGUGCUACCCCCGUGCAGCCCCUGGGGGUCUCCUACAUCGACGACCACGUGCGCAGGAAGGACUCCUCGCUCUACAUAGGAAUCCUGUUCACGAUGCUGGUGUUUGGCCCGGCCUGCGGCUUCAUCCUGGGCUCGUUCUGCACCAAGAUCUACGUGGACGCGGUCUUCAUCGACACAAGCAACCUGGACAUCACGCCCGACGACCCCCGCUGGAUCGGAGCCUGGUGGGGCGGUUUCCUGCUCUGCGGUGCCUUACUCUUCUUCUCCUCGCUCUUGAUGUUCGGGUUCCCACAGUCCCUGCCCCCUCACUCGGACCCCGCCCUGGAGAGCGAGCAGGCCAUGCUCCCUGAGAGAGAGUACGAGAGGCCCAAGCCCAGCAACGGGGUGCUCCGGCACCCCCUGGAGCCCGACAGCAGUGCCUCCUGCCUGCAGCAGCUGAGAGUGAUCCCCAAGGUCACCAGGCACCUGCUCGCCAACCCCGUGUUCACCUGUAUCAUCCUGGCCGCCUGCAUGGAGAUCGCCGUGGUGGCCGGCUUCGCGGCCUUCUUGGGGAAGUACCUGGAGCAGCAGUUCAACCUCACCACCUCCUCCGCCAACCAGCUGCUGGGGAUGACGGCGAUCCCGUGCGCCUGUCUGGGGAUUUUCCUGGGCGGUCUCCUGGUGAAGAAGCUCAGCCUGUCCGCCCUGGGCGCCAUCCGGAUGGCGAUGCUGGUCAACCUGGUGUCCACCGCCUGCUACGUGUCCUUCCUCUUCCUGGGCUGCGACACGGGCCCCGUGGCCGGCGUCACUGUGCCCUAUGGAAACAACUCAGCGCCGGGGACGGCCCUGGCCCCCUACUCCUCCUGCAAUAACAAGUGUGAGUGCCAGACCGACUCCUUCACUCCGGUGUGCGGGGCCGACGGCGUGACCUACCUGUCCGCCUGCUUCGCCGGCUGCACCAGCACGAACCUCACGGGCUGCGCCUGCCUCGCCACUGUGCCCCCCGAGAACGCAACCGUGGUGCACGGGAAGUGCCCCAGCCCCGGCUGCCAGGAGGCCUUCCUCACCUUCCUGUGUGUGAUGUGUGUGUGCAGCAUGAUCGGAGCCAUGGCCCAGACACCCUCCGUCAUCAUCCUCAUCAGGACCGUCAGCCCGGAGCUCAAGUCCUACGCCCUGGGAGUGCUCUUCCUGCUGCUGCGUCUCUUGGGCUUCAUCCCCCCACCGCUCAUCUUUGGGGCCGGCAUCGACUCCACGUGCCUGCUGUGGACCUCCUUCUGCGGGGAGCAGGGCGCCUGCGCGCUCUACGACAACGUGGUCUACCGCUACCUGUACGUGAGCAUCGCCAUCGCGCUCAAGGCCUUCGCCUUCGUGCUGUACACCACAACGUGGCAGUGUCUGCGCAAGAACUACCAGCGCUACAUCAAGAACCACGAGGGCGGGCUGAGCACCAGUGAGUUCUUUGCCUCUACUCUGACCCUAGACCAUCUGGGGAGGGACCCUGUGCCCGCCAGCCAGACACAUAGGACCAAGUUUAUCUAUAACCUGGAAGACCACGAGUGGUGUGAGAACAUGGAGUCCGUUUUAUAGCGACUGACGGAGGGCUCAGCUCUGUGCUGGAAGCAGAGGAUCGUUUCUUAAAAAAGAUAAAAGGUUUCCAAAAAAAAAAAAAAAAACCCUACCCAAUGCCAUCAUCCAGCACACCGACACAGGUGCACACACACACAGACACACGCACAGACACACGACCUCGGUCCCUUUCUCAAAACCAGAGCCAGACAGGAUUCAAGGGAGGAGCGGACAGGACAGCCCAGCAGGACACGGCCAGGACAGCCGCAAGCCACGGGCACUGCCAGCCCAGGGAGAGGCUGCGUGGCCUGGAAGACGGACGCACCUGCACACACCACCGGGAGGAGGUCUCCCCACCACACUGCAGGCGGGGAGGUCGCUCCCCUCUUAACUUUGGCAAUAUGGGUCGCGGUGUCGGCUCUCGGCGGGGCUCCCGGGCGACCCAUGCUGGGGUCCGGCGCUGGCACCUCCCCUGCCCCGGGCAGCACUGCCCCCCACCCCGCCCCACAGAGUGACCUCAGGAAGCCGUGGGCCUCGCCAGCUAUGACUGACCGGGCUCAGAGCCGGCGAGACCAACACAAGUCCAAGUCAUUUGCUUACAUUUGCCAAACAGUUGCCAUUUUUUUUCCAGAAAUACGAUGCACAUGAAUUUCCAGCCAUUGUAGACGACUCUGAUACUAUUUUUAACUACGUGUGGUCCCUCCGGGUCCUUAGGCCGGGUUUAUUCUGCUGGUUACUUGCACUUCUCUCCUCUCCUCUUUUUUAAUGCACCAAAAAUACAAUGUGAU